UAGACUGAGGGUGUGGGCAUGGUGACGAUCGAGGCAGGGAGCCAGGUGAGGAGGUCGCUGUGAUACUCAGGUGGGAGAGAAUGGUGACAGACCCCGGUUGAUGGCAAGCGGAGGUGUUGAGAACUGAUCGGAAUCUGGACACAUUUUGAUGGUCAGCCAACAAAUUUGCUGAUGGACUGGACUCUCUGUGGGCAGUGAGAGGCAGAGUCACAAGUCCAUGCCAAGGCUUGGGGGUUCAGGGCGAAGAUGAAGGGCUCAGGGUGACCUCCUUGCCACAUGUGCAUUGGUUCUAGUUGGAGACAGGUCCGGGUUCGAGCCCCAGGUACCUAUUCAGUGUGUGUCCUACUCCGGGAACUUACCCAACUUCAGCCCUCCAGGGUGAGGCACUCUCCGCGGCGUGAGCCGCUACCUAUCACCACCAGGUGGCGCCCCUGGAUUCAACCAGAUCCACCCCAACUCAUUUAUUUAUCUCCCCCCAAAAUUUCCUUUCACUUUCGAUCUCUGGCUGUCACCCAGCCUGGCCCUUUCCACACCCAGCUGGGGCAAGCCUGAUCUGGCCACAGGCAUGAGGGGCCCCCGGCCGAGAUGAUAGUGCUGCUGCCAGCCUGGAACCCAACUACCUCCCUGCUGCUGUUGCUGCUGCUCAGCCCCUGCCUCCGUGGGACGCCCGACUGCUCCUUCCCCCACAGCCCCAUCUCCUCCACCUUCCCUGACACCAUCCGCAAGCUGUCUGACUACCUGCUUCAAGAUUACCCAGUCACCGUUGCCUCCAACCUGCAGGAUGAUGAGCUCUGUGGGGCCUUCUGGCGCCUAGUCCUGGCCCAGCGCUGGAUGGGACGGCUCAAGACUGUGGCUGGGUCCCAGAUGGAAAACCUGCUGGAGGCUGUCAACACCGAGAUACACUUUGUCACCUUAUGUGCCUUCCAGCCCCUCCCCAGCUGUCUUCGCUUCGUCCAGACCAACAUCUCCCACCUCCUGCAGGACACCUCCAAGCAGCUGUUGGCCUUGAAGCCCUGGAUCACCCACCGGAAUUUCUCCGGGUGCCUGGAGCUGCAGUGUCAGCCGGAUUCCUCCACCCUGCUGCCCCCAAGAAGUCCCUGGGCCUUGGGGGCCACAGCCCUGCCAGCCCCUCAGGCCCCUAUGCUGCUCCUUGUGCUGUUGCUGCCCACGGCCCUCCUGUUGCUGGCUGCUGCCUGGUGCCUGCACUGGCGAAGGAGGAGGCGGAGGAUGCUUCACCCUGGAGAGCCGAGGCGGACACUGAGGCCCAGAGAGAGGAGUCACCUGCCAGAAGACACAGAGCCGGGACUUGGAGGAAGUCAGCUAGAGACUGGUCCCUUCCUGGACAGCACUGCCCCUGUCACUCUCUCCCCAGGAUGGAGGCAACGCCAGCACCCAGCGCCGGCCCCAGCCCCACCUGCCUCCCUCUGUACAAAGCCCUUGCCCCCAGGAAGUUGUAUAUAAAUCCUUUUCCACCUGCUCUAA